ACGUAAACGUCUUAUCUCAAUUACCACUUUACUAAACCCGCCCUAAAGGACAGAAACACCAACUUCUAAGUGAACUAACAAGAAUAGUAACGAAUCGCAAUUAAAUUACCCCAUGAAGCUACCAUGCGGGUCUAUGAACUAGUCGGACCACUCCUUCGGCUGCCCCGCAGAGGUAUCAUGGAAGAGCUCGGUAUAAUAUAGGUUAGGUACCUAGUUAUUAUAAAUAAUCCGUCUUGUAUCUUUGAACUAAGAGUAAUUUAAUGGUAAUUAUAGCUUAUAGGAGGAAAUACUAUAAACACCAUCUACCUUGAACAUACUGUAAGGUACCUUAGGUAGUCUUUGAAGUGAUGCAGUCCCAAAAGAUAACCCUGCCAGUGGCCAACCCCUGCGUGUCAUUCUGGCAGCAGACUACACGUUCGUUCCCCUACUUACAUGUCAACCAGAACGAACCAGUUCCGGAAGUAUCCAAAUACGCCAUAAUCGGCUCGGGCAUCUCCGGUGCUCUAACUGCCUAUGAGUUAAUUCAGGGGGGCGUGUCGGCAGGAGAUAUAGUCAUUUUCGAGGCGAGAGAAGCCGCCAGCGGAGCGAGCUCCAGGAAUGCAGGACAUGUGCGCCCAGAUGCCUUCCGUGGCUUCCAAGUCUACAAACAACUGCACGGCCAAGAGCAAGCGCUCAAGAUAAUCGCCAACGAGAAGCUAGUCUUCCACCGGAUCAAGGACUUCGUAGAGAAACAUGGGGUCCAGUGUGACUUCAACCCGACGACGACGUUCGACGUGUGCAUGACGCAGGAGUUUGCCGAUUUCAACGCCCGCAGUUUUAAGGAGUAUCGAGAAGCCGGAGGCGACGUCUCCCACAUCAAGUUCUACGAAGGGGAGGAAGCGCGGAAAGUAACCCGCGUGCAGAAAGCGUUUGCUGCUUACGAAUGGCCGGCUGGCUCGAGUCAUCCGGCGAAGCUGGCUCAAUGGCUUCUUACGCAGUCGAUAGAUAAGGGUGUCCGGCUGUUUACUCAUUGUCCGGUUACAUCGGUAACUAAGUCGGCCUCUUCGACGGCUGACCAGGUCUCUUGGGACAUACUGACACCUCGAGGCACAACUAAAGCCUCUACGGUAGUCCACUGCACGAAUGCCUUUGCGCCUCACCUCCUCCCCCAGCUCUCGAAAUUCAUUACCCCCAAUCGCGCCCAAGCACACGCCUUCGUGCCUCCACCUUCGCUUAGCUCAUCUGAUAUCCUACCAAGCACCAUGUCCCUGCGCCACUCGCUAAAGCACUUCUACUCCGUAGCCCAGCGGCGACCGGACGGGAUCAUAAUUCUCGGCUCCCCGAUCGCGAACCCGAAUAUUAGCCCGGCGGCGGCGGCAAGCCGUCUGGUCCCCGAUGAUAGCAUCUUCAACGAAGAGGUGCGAGAUGACGCGGCCAACAACUUCGAGACUUGCUUCCCGGAGUGCGAGAAAGCGAAGCUGAGCCACGGGGAGGGACUGCAGCACACGUGGACCGGUAUAAUUGGGAUGACGACGGACUCGGUCCCGUUCGUGGGUAAGAUAGAGAGUCUACCGGGGCAGUGGGUUUGUGCCGGGUUUAAUGGCCACGGUAUGGCAAGGAUAUUCACUUGUGCACCGGGCAUCGCAAAGCUCAUACUUGGAGGUUCAUGGAAUGACACUGGGUUACCCGAGUGCUUUGAAAUAACCGAAGAACGUCUAGAAAGGCUUCAAAAGGGAGUCCCCGGGUCCGUAUUUUGAGAUGGCGGUAUAACCAUAACGCCUCAAAAGUAUAUAUUUUAACUAAUAGACUACUAUCUAUGAUAUUAUCUAUAAAA